GGUUACUACAAAAACCACGGCAACUACCACCCUUGAAUGUUUUGAGCUUCCCACUUCGCUUUCUUAUCUACACUCUAAGGCCUAUAAUAUCUCAGACCCUCCUUAUAUUACAGUGUUAAAAAUCAAACAAAACACAAUCCAUAGCAAUGGAAGCAGUGAACCUCAAGAAAAAGCAGUGCAAAAUUGUCGUGGCAGUAGAUGAGAGUGCAGAGAGCAUGUAUGCACUUUCAUGGUGCCUUUCUAAUUUGAUUUCUCAAGCCACAAUCAACACCCUUGUUCUUCUUUAUGUCAAGCCUCCGCCUCCUGUCUACUCUUCCUUGGAUGUUGCAGGGUAUAUAUUUUCCGGCGAUAUGAUCCGAGCCUUGGAGGCCUAUGGCAAUGACCUGGUGAAUUCAGUGAUGGGUCGAGCUGAAGAUAUAUGUGGCAAAUUUAGCAGCAAUAUAAAAGUGGACCGAAUUGUUGGAAGUGGAGAUGCAAGGGACGUUAUAUGUAAUAUAGUGGAUAAAAUCAAAGCAGAUACGUUGGUGAUGGGAAGCCAUGGUUACGGUUUCUUCAAAAGGGCGAUAUUAGGAAGCGUGAGUGAUCAUUGUGCCAAACAUGUUAAAUGUCCAGUGGUGAUCGUGAAACAUCCAGAGAAGAUAUAAAGCUUAUUCUUCAUUGUCGGAGAUAUGGCUUCUACUACCAUGUACACCAGUAUAGUGCUUUGUUAAUUCGAAGUUCCUGAUGGUUAAUGAGGAUCCUAUGAUUUUUCUUAUCUAAAAGUAUGUGUUCCUCAAAGGAAGAGAUGGGGUUUAUCAGUUCAUGUAUAUAUGUUCACCAAAAAGUAGACUUUCUGAAAUAAUUAAAAAUAGCCCAUAAAAGAGGACUGAAGCAACGUGGUUUAAAGAUUAAA